AUCAGCUUUCGAGGUUGUUUACAUCUAUCUUGUUUUCUUGUGAGAGCAGUUGUACUGAAAAACAAGCUUGUUGAGGCAAUUGUGCAACGAUUACCUAGAUGUAAUAAUAAUUGGGUCACUAUGUGGAGACCACACUAAGACAGGAUGACCAAGGAGUCAAUUUCCUAGAAAGGUGGACCUUCAAACGCUAUCCUUACUUAAGAACUAUGGAAAGAAAAGACCGCCAUGUAGGCUGACGAACUGACACAGACAAUGAGAGUACCGUGGAAAUGCAUACACUCUGUACCAGUUAAGCAAGGACUUAAUCAAGUUAAUUGGAACGAUCAUGUAUAAAAACUUACUGAAUUGCUUGUUACUGGUGGUGAUAAGUUCUUCGGUUUCUUCAAAAGACGAAGAAAUCAUGCAGAUGUCUGAAUUCGGUUUCUGCAAGAGUGUUGAUAUUCGCAACAAUGUGUCCAUGUUCCAAAAGAGUCUAGAAAACUGUACAGUCAUAGAGGGAUACUUGCAGAUUUUACUGAUUGAUGGAAAUCCAGAAGAUUUCGAAAAGUUGCAUUUUCCAAAGCUAGUAGAAGUGACAGACUAUGUAUUACUCUACAGAGUGAAUGGAAUGAGGACAUUAAGAAAUAUUUUUCCAAAUUUAACUGUCAUCCGUGGGAAGAAAUUAUUUUUUGACUAUGCUCUGGUUGGAUAUGAAAUGUUUGGACUGGAAGAGGUAGGGCUUGUUAGUCUAACUACCAUCACCAGAGGUGCAGUACGUUUUGAAGACAAUCCAAAGCUUUGUUUUUUAAAGACUGUAGACUGGAACAAAAUAGCCCCAAAUGGAAUUCACCACUUCAGAAAUAAUCCAACUAGCGACAAUUGUCCAGCAGAAGCUGACUGCCCUGGCCGGUGUCCUACAGAAGAGAAUGAUGGAAAAGUUGUGAAGCACUGUUGGACCAAGAGAGAUUGUCAAAAAAUCUGCCCAGAUAAUUGCCGUGAUGCCUGUUACUACCCACCCGGCUCCAACCAACCCAAGUGUUGUCAUCGGGAGUGCCUGGGGACCUGCAAUGGUAGCGCUCUUCACCAGUGUGCUGCAUGCAAACAUGUCAACAUAAGAGGCACCUGUGUAGCCAAAUGUGGCCAAGGCUUACUAGAGUAUGAAGGCAGGCGGUGCAUCAAUAUAUAUGAGUGUAAGAGCUUUGGAGACCGUUACGGUAUACGUAAAAUAAAUUGGAAAAUGCAUGAUGGGAAAUGCAUACGUGAAUGUCCUGUUGGUUUUAUAACCGACCCGCAGGAUCCCUACAGGUGUAUACAGUGUCCAGGGAAGUGUCCUAAAGAAUGUACACAGGCUGGAGUGAACAGUGUGUCAGAUGCUGAGAGACUUAAAGGAUGUACUAUUAUAAAUGGAGAUCUCACUUUAAAUGUCAUGGGUGGAAAAAAUAUAGCCACAUAUUUGGAAGAGGGCCUAGGGAUGAUAGAGGAAAUAACAGGAUCACUGCAGGUUUCCCAUUCCUAUGCCUUGUACUCUCUUGAUAUUCUGAGAAGCUUGAAAAGAAUAAGAGGAAACACACUAAAGAAUGAUAAGUAUGCCCUCUACAUUCUGGACAACCAGAACCUCCGUGAAAUAUGGAAUACAACUCUUCAUCCAAAAUUGACUGUGGACAAAGGAAAAAUGUUCUUCCACUUCAACAGACGGCUGUGUCUAAGUAAGAUCAAUGAGUUGAAGGAUUCCAUCACAUUUGGCACCAAUGUCUCCAUGGAUGAGGUGGACAUUUCGUUAAGUUCUAAUGGAGAUCAGGCUACAUGCUCUGUCCAGCGUAUGGCUAUUGAGUUAGUUAAAACAGCAACUGUGGCAGCUGUCAUAGCAUUUGAUAACUUCAAGCCUAGUGAUCCACGCACACUUUUAUCCUACGUCAUCAACUAUAGAGAAACAUCUGAGAAGAAUGUGAGCAUUCUUAGUGGCAGGGAUGCCUGCAGUGAUGAUGUCUGGAUGACUAAAGAAAGAGAACCUAAUUUGAAUGACAUGCAGCCCCAGUUGAUGGAAUACCUUUUUCCCCUGAAGCCGUGGACCUUAUAUGCUGUCUAUGUACAGACUUAUACCAUUGCUGUGGCAGAUAAAGGAGCCAUUAGUAAUAUUAUGUACUUCACCACAAGACCAGACUCUCCUACACCAGCAGUUGAUGUUGAAGUGGAAGCCACCAUGGAGGGGGAACUGACAGUAACAUGGAAACCGCCAAACAAACCUAAUGGCAAUGUUACACAUUACAUGGUCUAUUGGACAAUAGCAGAGAUCAACAAGGAGGAAUACGAUGACAGGAAUUACUGCAUAGACACAUUACAAGCACAGCAUUUGGAUGUCACUACAAAUGAAAAAGAGACAGAACAGGAAAAGAAACCCAACAUCACUGGUGUUUGUGACAGAGAAACUUGCUGUGCUUGUCCCAAGUCAGAAAAGGCUACAAAAGAGGAUGAACGCAAUCGAAACAUGCAAAUUGAAUUUGAGAACUUCUUACAUGGUGCAGUGUAUAUAAAAAGGCCCGAGAAUCAAAAUGAAGUGAAUGAGACUGAAGAGACAACAAAGAGACUGAAAAGAGAAACUCAUCAGCGCUAUGUUAGAGACCAAAUUGAAAAGGAUGAUUUAGGUUACAAAAAGAAAGAACUAGAAAAAUUAGAAAAGUUGCUCGAAGAAGUCAAAAGGGAGCUUAAUGAAAAUAUGGGCAAAGAAAAUGAAUAUCCACUCAAUAAAAUUUCAAGACGCCAUAAAAGAGAAUUUGAAAGGACUUUUCCAAGGAAUUCAGACCAGCUUCCACCAACCAAUGAAACAUCAGAGGAUGUGACAUCUGUUUCCCCAACUAGUUCUAGCACUGUGGUGCCUCACAACCACACAGAUGCAGUCUACAAGACAUCUACUGUAUACGGGGGCACGAGGAUUGUACUACCAAAUCUGAAACAUUUCACCUUCUACAGGAUUGAGAUAAUUGCAUGUCAAGAAUAUGAUGAAACGACCAGAAAAAAGUUAUGCAGCAGUAAAGCUAUUGCUAAUAAGAGAACCAGGGCAUCAAGGAUGGCAGAUCGUGUGGAUUCUGUGAAAGUGGUGGUGAACAGUUCCCAGGAGGUGUUAUUUCUGUGGUCUGACCCUCCAACCCCUAAUGGUGUUUUGCUAACAUACACAAUCACAUAUCAAAAUGUGCUGCAACCUGAAGAGGUGAAAAGCCCUUGUAUUCCACACAAGAAGUACAGAGAAAUUGGUGGCUACAGGGCAAAAGGCAAGCUGACACCAGGAAACUGGAGUGUCAAAGUCUGUUCCACUUCCUUAGCUGGUACAAGCAAUGACUCCUGCUCAGACCUGCAUUAUUUUAUUGUUCCUAAACCAGCUGCUGCAGAUACUUUCAUGUCCCCAGUCAACAUAGCCAUCAUCUCGGUAUCAGUGGUGAUAGUGGUGGUGAUAGUUGUGAUAACUUCUGGGGUGCUCUUUGUCAAAUACAGACUGAAGAAAAACCAAUUGCCAGUGGAUGCCCUGUACACAUCUUGCAAUCCGGAGUACCUCAGUGCUGGAGAUGUAUACAUACCUGAUGAGUGGGAAGUGGACCGUGACAAAAUUUCCCUUAUUCGAGAGCUUGGCCAGGGAUCUUUUGGUAUGGUUUAUGAGGGUAUAGCCAAAGAAAUAGUAGAGGGAGAGCCACAAGUACGAGUGGCAGUGAAGACUGUAAAUGAAAAUGCCUCAAUUCGUGACCGCAUAGAGUUUCUGAAUGAGGCAUCAGUGAUGAAGGCAUUUAACUGCCACCAUGUGGUGAAGUUACUGGGUGUGGUGUCCAAGGGGCAGCCUACUCUGGUGAUCAUGGAGCUCAUGGCUGUGGGAGAUCUGAAAAAUUUCCUUCGGAAACAUCGGCCUGAUGAACCGGACAACGAGGGGCGUCAGCCACCAGAUCUUCCAGAAAUCUUAAGAAUGACUGGUGAAAUAGCUGAUGGAAUGGCAUACCUAUCUGCCAAGAAAUUUGUCCACCGAGAUUUAGCAGCCAGAAACUGCAUGGUGUCAGAUAAUAUGACUGUAAAAAUAGGAGAUUUUGGAAUGACCAGAGAUAUUUAUGAGACAGAUUACUAUAGAAAAGGUGGAAAGGGAUUGUUACCCGUGAGGUGGAUGGCACCCGAGUCAUUGAAAGAUGGCAUAUUUACUAAUGCAUCCGAUGUGUGGUCUUUUGGUGUAGUGUUAUGGGAAAUGAGUACCCUAGCUGCCCAGCCAUACCAAGGCUUUGCUAACGAACAAGUCCUGAAAUAUGUCAUUGAUGGACACAUCAUUCCAAAACCAGACGGAUGCCCAGACAAGUUAUAUAAAAUAAUGCUGAAGUGCUGGAAAUAUUAUCCAAAGCAGAGGCCAACUUUUUGCCAAAUUUUGGAGCAUCUUUCCCAAGACCUGCCCGAUUCUUUCCAUGCAGUGUCCUUCUUUGACAGUGAGGAAAAUGCAUAUCAGUCUACACAUGAAGACACAUGGGGAGAUGAUGAUGAGGUGUUUGAAAAUUCGCCAGGUGCUCGACGAAGGCAGACUGCGUCAGACUACAUGGAAGCUGACUAUUCACAGCAGCCCCUCACUGAUCCUCAUGGAUCUUCUCAGCAAGAGACUGACAGUGGAGAAGAGGACAUCCACAUUAACCUUAGUAACAUCAACAUUACCGAGAAUCACCUUGAAAAUCACUCGGACACAGAAUCAAAAAGUGGCAAAAGCGUCUCUUGCGAGUGCAUUAAACAGACACUUCAAAAUGAAAUGAAAAAGAGACGGCGUUCGAGUGGCACCAACUCCACGAAUAUUCCAUACCCAAGUGCAAUAAACUCAAAUGAGGGGAGCAAAGGCAGUAGCAAAAGUAGUAGUAGUGGAGGUGGGGGCUAUGCCCACAUGAAUGGGCUGGUGAAUGGGCAUAUCAAUGUUCACUUACCCACCCAGUCAACCCAGUGCUAGUAGUACAAGUAGCGAGACAGAACAUAAAAGUGUAAAUAUUAGUAUGUACAGGAACUGACAUUUCAGUUGUCCAACCAUGACGGAAAGUUUGGAUGAACAUGGAUGGAUGGGUGGAUGAAGGAGCAGGUAUUUAACAUGUAAUGCAUAGCAGCAGGCAGGCCCUGUGAACCAUAUAGAAAACACCAGCACAGCACUGUCAGUGCUACCGGCAUUAGACCACAGAGAAUUUGUCCUCCCUUAGUGAACAUAUCACCUAAGUCUCCUAAAUACUUUUCAGAUGGACAUGUAUAGAGAUAAUGAAUGGUCAAAAUUACUCCAAGCUAAUAGCUUUUAUAGCCAGCAAAUUAUGUUUAAAACGUUAAUGGAUACAAGUAUAGUCAUAACUUCAAAGCUCUUCUUGGUGUUAAUUGUUUUUGGUCACUGCUCCAACAUAAGAGGCAAUUUUUUGUUUUGUCAGGAAUUGUGUAUUAAUGUAUUAGACAUUUUAAUGUCUUCUAUAUUUUAAAUCAAGUUUAAAUUCAGAUGCGUGAUGUUAAUGUGCUGAUAAAUUUGACCAGGCUAUUGAAUUUCUUAUACUUUUUCUUUCUCUUGUGAAGUCAGCCAGCCAAUUAUUUACACCAGACCAUUAUUUAACUUACACCAGCAUUUCUUUAUUUUGGGUUUUUACAUGAUUUUGAUUUAAACUGAUGCAAAUAUUUACACCAGUCUACAGAUAUUUGUAAUUUGAAAAGAAUUGCACCUUGAAUACACCAAAUUGAGAAAAAAUUUAAUGGAAUUGCUUCAUGUAGCAGUCAUUAAUUAUAAGAUAAUUAUGGCCCUGACACACACUUCUAGGUCAUAUUUUUAACCAACAUUUUUCUGUAGUAAUUCUUUUCUCUUUUAGUACCUAGAAUGUAUUUUAUUGAAUUAUAAUAUGGGGACAACAAUUUUUUUACAAUACUUAGAAUGUUUUUAGAAUGUUACUUUUAUUUGUGACUUUGUUUAAAUGAUAUGAUUGUGCUGUUGAUGCCCUUAUUUUUUUCUUUUUUCUACCUAUUUUCUGUUUAUCAAAUCAAAGAAUUAAACAAUUGUUCAUUGAUUUUUAACUGGAAAACAUGCUAAGGAGAAUCAUCACUAUUGAUACAUUGUUAUGGAUUAUUUACAGAAAUUAAUUGAAAUCACUAGAAAAAAAAUCAAUAUUCGAUUCACCAAUGACAUUUGUGAGUGCAUAUUUAUUUGAGUUAAAAGGUACACAAAAGAUAAAUUAAUUGCCACAUAGUAGGGAUUGACAGGCUUAUAGUAUGGAGUAGUGGGAGAACCAUACCCAGUAGUAUUGUUGAACUAUGUCUUUUAGAUUAUUAAGUGAUGAAAUUUUCCAGCUAAAUCCCUGGUAAAUCAACAUUUGGUAAUAAACCUGUUGGACCUCUGCUUUUCAUAGCAGGGACUGUACAAACCUCAUUCAAAUCCUAGGUGCACUUACAACUGUUUUAAUCAGGAAAUAGAUACAGGAUUUCAUGGAUUGACCUCUUGCUUGCCUUAUUCUACCUCUGUAUUUUAGACAGAAGCCUAGCCUUGUCCCUCCAGUGAUCAAGAAUAUUUUAAUAGUGUUACAUGGUUUUAAUGAACAUGGCUUUAUGGUUACAAUUAUAAUUAUUGUCAUAAUUUUAAUUCUUUAUGUGGAAAUCUCAUGUAUUUGUGAAAUCAUGCUACCUCCAAAUGAUUUUUGUCAUGGUUGAAAACACUAGAAAUUAAACAAUGAGUAAGAUACGAAUGCAUUAUUUAUUCAAGGCCAUUUACAUUAGAUUAACAUUUUAUUAGACUUGCUGAGCUUGUGAUAGAGCCAGUGAGGUCUAUGUUUGUAUAGUCUGCUGUUUUUGUUGUUUUGUUUUUGUCAUCAAGACUACAUCUAUGUUGCAUAUAUUGUAUAGGGUCCUUUCAGGUCAUCUGUGCAUGCCAUCUAGUCCUUAUUUUCUGUAUGAAUAAUGGUACUGAUUAUACACAUAAAAUGUACUUGAACAGAUCAUGCUGUUUAAAAUGGUUUAAUGUUCCAGGCAGAUGAUAUAAUUAUUGUUCCUUUUAACCAUGUUCAUUGUUAAAGGGCAGAGUUGUUUCAAUUUUCCUUAUCGGUAAACUUUUCUAUUGAAGUGUAGAAUAUUGUACAUGCAGAGCUUAUGAACCUGAAUGAGUUGUCAUCUGUGAAAUGAAGUCUGUGGUAUGUAUCUAAAUUGUUAGAAGUAUGGUAAGAAAAAUUUUAAAUGUCAGUGAUUAAAUGUGGCAAUGUGCUGGUUACGCCAUGGCUUACUGCAGCCUAGAUAUAUAACAUUGCCAUGGAGGCAUAUGAAAGAGCAAGAUUGAUGUGCCGCCAGAGGAUUUUACAAUAUAUUCAUUUUCAUUAAUUUAAGCACCAUAAAGAUAAUUGUACAGAAAGCUGUAAACAAAUUUACAUGUAUAUAUUUUGACCACCUUACCUAAUUUAUGAAUUAGAGCUGUGCAUGUAUUUUAUGUGCUCAAAUUUAUUCUCGGCUUUUGUUCACUUAUCUUGCCUUAAGUUUUAACCUUUGAUGUGACUGCUGCAGUAGAAAUAUAUCAUGUGUAUAUAUUGUUCUUGAGGGACUGAACUACAACUGCCAGUUUUUCUUAACUGGGCAAGACAUUAGUGUUUUUAAUGGUAUUCUGAAGACCAAAUAGAUAUCAGAAUAAAAUGGAGCUCAGGCUUGACA